AUGUUCGGCCCGAUCCUAUCCCGCACAUCAGCGCUCGCUCGCGCAUCACUCGGCGCCGACCUCCGCCAGGAGCUGUUUGCCGGUCCUUCAGGCCUCCAGAUCCAGAUCCGUACGGCCACGAAGCGCGGUGGUGGUUCAUCGCGUAACGGUCGUGACUCGAGCGGCAAGCGGUUGGGUGUCAAGAAGUUCACUAACGAAUACGUCCUCCCCGGCCAGAUCCUCGUCCGCCAGCUCGGCUCGGGCAUCCGUCCCGGCCAGCACGUCGGCAUCGGCCGCGACAACACGCUCUACGCCCUCGAGCCGGGGUACAUCAAGUUCUACACCUCCUCCAUGCCGUACCCUCACCGCGCGAUCGACUCGGUCGCCCAGGCAGCCAAAGAUGCCGCCCGCCCGAACGUCAACAAGCCCCGCGGCGUCAAGCAGUUUAUUGGCAUCGUGCGGGCCAAGGAGGACACGCUGCCCCGUGACGAGAGGGCGCUGGGCCGGGACAGGCGGUUCUGGGGGUGGCCGAAGGAGGUCAAGACCGAGGUUGAGGUCUAG